AUGAAUGUCAACAAGAAACUCGAUCGUUUCAAACAAUGGGCGGGAGAGCGCAUGGGAGGAGAGGUCAAGACCAAUGUAUCGGACAAUUUCAAAGCACUCGAGGUCGAGAUGGGCCUGCGCCAGGAAGGUCUCGAGAAGAUGCAGCGAUCGAUGAAUGCCUACAUCAAAGCAAUUUCCAAACGCUCCGAAGUGGAGGGCAAGGAGAAGACGCUUCCAAUCGCCUUGAUGGGCGGCACCAUGAUCUCCCACGGCGAAGAUUUCGAGCCCGAUUCUGAGUACGGCCAAUGUCUGAACAUGUUUGGCCGGACACAAGAAAGACUCGCCCGGGCUCAGGAGACUUAUAUCGUUUCCGCCACGACUAGCUGGUUAGAGUGCCUUGAGCGGUCUAUUGUUCAGAUGAAAGAGUACCAGGCCGCCCGUAAGCGACUUGAGACGCGCCGACUGGCGUAUGAUACGUCCCUCGCGAAGAUGCAGAAAGCCAAGAAGGAAGAUUUCCGCGUCGAGGAGGAGUUGCGCACACAGAAAGCCAAAUACGAAGAAUCAGAGGACGACGUCCACCGCAGAAUGCAAGAGAUUCGCGACGCCGACCCUGAAAGUGUCGCCGACCUUGGAUCAUUUCUCGAUGCCGAGUUGGCAUACCACGAUAAAUGCAGGGAGGCCUUGCUACAGUUGAGGAGCGAGUGGCCUGCCAGGUCUUUACCGACCCGUGGCGGCCGGCCUAACCCACGCUCGAGGUCGAACACAGUCCGUUCAUAUACCCACGGGGCCGAGCCAGUUGAUGAAGCCCCAGUCGAUGUACGCCCCAAGAUCACGACUUCUCGGAGCAAUCAAUAUGUGUAUCAAUCAUCCGACUAUUCACCCGCGCCCCAGCUACGCGCAAACUAUGCCAGGGCCGCUACAUUCAAUGACUCUCCUCAGCCGAGCAGGGAUCUAUCGCCCGCGACUAGACCAGGGAUUUCGCGCAUCCCGAGUGAUUCGUUGAUGAUUCGCACAGCAAGAUCAAAUCUGCGCAACGUGGAUGAGCAAGACGUUUUCGGAGACGAUUCGGGCUCUUACUCCAACAGCUCUGACCGUGGUUACGGGGAUCAAGCUAUAUCACCUGCCACGUCUCAUGGUAGCGAAGCCACUCCUCUAACGAGCAAGAAGAGUGGCCCUCCACCACCUCCUCCGUCCCGAGCAAAGAAGCCACCGCCACCACCUGUCCCAGCAAAGAGGUCGGUUCUCACCUGA